AAAUAAAAGUCCUGUUAAACUUAGCUCUGCUGUUAAUCCGCUUCAUAAAGUAACAGCUGCUCGUUUGUUUAAAUAUAUUAGUUAAUAUAACAUUAGGAACAUGUAGAUAUUGGUAGGACUUGUAGCUAACUGCGUGUGUGUUUAAUAGUUAAACAGUGUGGAUAAUCAGUUAAAAGUUAUGCGCAGGGUGCUGAAAUGGGCUGGCAGUCUCGGACCCGCAGUCUGCAGGUGUUUGAUACGGAGCUCAGUGCUGACAGUGUGGAGUGGUGUCCUCUGAACCAGUGGUCUCAUAUUCUAGCCUGUGGAACUUACCAGCUCCAGAAAGACCAAGAGGAGACGACAGUAGAGUCCACGACUCCAAGCCGAACCGGUCGACUGUACCUGUUUAAGUUCCAGUCCCAAGGAUCCUUUACCCCACCGCUAACUGAAAUACAGCGAAUCGACACUCCGGCUAUACUGGACCUGAAAUGGUGUCAUAUUCCAGUGUGCGAGCGUCCUAUGCUGGGAAUGGCUACAGCUCGUGGAGAAAUACAGUUACACAGCCUGGUUGAUGCACAGCAGAGCAGCUGUUUAGAGCAUGUGUCCAGCACAGAACUGGGACCAGACAGAUUGGCAUUAUCGCUGGACUGGUCAACUGGGAGAGGUGAAAGCAGUGACGCUCGUGUGGUGUCCAGUGAUUCGACCGGUUCUCUCUCUGUGCUCUCUCUCGGCGAGGCCAGUCUGAACGUCGUUUCCCAGUGGAAAGCUCAUGACUUUGAGGCCUGGAUUUCAGCUUUCAGUUAUUGGGAUACACAGCUGCUUUAUUCUGGUGGGGAUGACUGUAAACUGAAAGGCUGGGAUCUGAGAAUGGGUCCCUCUACUCCUACGUUCACCAGUAAAAGGCAUUCUAUGGGUGUGUGCAGUAUACACAGCAACCCUCAUCGAGAGCAUGUUUUAGCUACUGGCAGUUAUGAUGAAAACGUGCUGUUGUGGGACGGGAGGAACAUGCGGCAGCCCCUCAGUGAAACCGCAGUGGGUGGAGGGGUGUGGAGGCUCAAGUGGCAUCCCACUCAAGAGCACCUGCUCCUGGCUGCAUGUAUGCACAACGACUACCACAUUCUCCACUGCAAGCAGGCCAUGGAUGAAGGAAAUGAAGGACCGUGCCCUAUCUUGGCUUCAUACAUCCUUCACAACUCUUUAGCCUAUGGAGCAGACUGGUCCUGGCUUCCCCUCAGCAGCCCCCCACCCUCCUCCCCUCAGGAACCAGCUCCAGCUUGUGUGGAGUUUACAGAGCCUGGGGGACACCUGAGGAUCCAGUACGAGUCACCGACUGCCAGCUUUGACACUUCUCUGGAGGACGACUCUGGACGAUACAUCCCUGACCAUUCUCCACCUCCAGAGAAGAGCACUCAGCCGUGCCCAGCUCCACUACCCGGCCUGGGGGACAACUCGGCCUCCAUGUCUUGUUUGCUAGCCACUUGCUCCUUCUAUGACCACAUGCUGCAUGUGUGGAGAUGGGACUGGAGCCCAGAAGAGCCUGAGACUGGAUCGGGCACAGCAGAGACUGAGCCUAGUCCCUCGUCAUGAGGGUUUAUCUUUGGAUAGUUUGAUGCUGUGUAGCAGCUAGAGAGUGUUUUUAGUACAGAUGGUGUGAUAAUUGGAGUUUACUAGCUAAAGAACAAUAUGUAAAGAUGUUUAUGAUGUAGAGGAGAGCGGGGCACAACCUAACACUUGCAAGAUGAGAUACGGUUGGGCAUGGUUGGACCCAUUUAAUGCCCAAUUGGUCAUAAAUCUGGUGGACAUGUGUUGCAAUCUGGUUCUGACAAUCCUGGGAAACUAUUGCAGUGUGUGGGUGAGCAUAAUCCUGCUGAAAAAUGAAAGGCAACACAUGACCACAGGAUGCCCUGCACAAAUUGCUGAGCUCUUAGUGUCCUGCAUAUGACUACAUCAAAAUGGUGCUAUAUAUUAUAUUAUAUUACAAGAGGCUGGUUAAAAUAAAAACUGUGAAUUCUGUAAUUUACUAUUAAAAUUAGAAAUACUUCAUUUGUAACUUUGUUAUAAAUAAAAAAGCAGCUGUGGUUAUGGUUAAGCUAAAAAAAAAAAAUAAUAAUCUUAUGGUCAUUCUUAAUGAUGUAGAUCAUUACAUUUUACAGCACUGUGUUUGUUUGUGCCUUGCUCUCCUCUACUUUCAUUAAAGGGCCCAUAUCACGGAAAACCAAAUUUCUCACUUUUUUCAAAGCAAAAGUGUGAUAUAGUUUUGCUUUACUUUUCAGUCUUGACCAGGAGUAUAUUCUUUCCUAGUCUGUAAGAGGAAAUAAUUUGGUGUUAUCUACUACACUAUAUUAACUAGCUUAAAAGCAUCCUUUUUUUAGUCCUUAUAUGCAAACUAAGCUGCAAAAGCAACCUGAUGUGAAUGAGCCGUUUUUAUUAUUCAAUAUUUAACCUACAUUUAUUUGGGGGUAUAUCUAUGUAUCAUAUUUUUUUUGCACUAUAAGGUGCACUUAAAAUCCUUUAAUUUUCUCAAAAAUUGUCAGUGUGCCUUUUAAUACAGAGCAAAGUAAACCCACUCUGCUGAAGUGCAGCGUUAUGCAGAAGUUUCGUUUUAUUUCUUCAGCACUGCUAUUUCCCCGUUCAGAGGUGAGUACUAGCGGCCUGUAGCCUGCUGUUAACCUGCUAGUGGUUAGCCGCUAAUGCUCCAGCCUUAGUGUUGGAGAAAUUUGGGAAUCUAAAGCUUACUGUUAAUAAACAGAAGCAAUUAACUCACCUAAAUAAACAGGAGAUAAAUCUGUGUAGAUUAAGAUCCAUGAAAAUAUACAUUCAUUGAUAGUGCGCCUUAUAGUGCAAAAAAAUAUGGUACACACGCACACAUAGCAGGGCUUCAAGAGUCCCCUCACUGUUCACUAUGUUAGAUACUCCUACCUAUAGCUGCUCCACCUUGUAGAUAAAGUAAAGUCAGAGAUAGAAGCUCUGAAUCUGGGCUGUAUAGUUUACAGUGUUGGUUAUUCUCUAGCCUUCAGGAUGCUGAGGUGUUUAAAAACUCCAGCAGCACUGCUGUGUCUGAUCCACUAGUACCAGCACAACACACUCAUACUAAUGCAUUGCUGACAGUGACCCACAACCAAAAUAAUUCCUGCUCUGUUGUAGAGCGUUGAUGAACAGGGUGAAAGAAGAAUAAUGAAAGUAUAGAGAGAAACAGAUGUAGAACUACAGUCUGUAAUUACAGAAAUGGGAUAAGUGUUCCUAUUAAAAAUCCUUCAUUCUUAAAGGAUACCCUUAAAAAGCAUGAUAUUUUACAUUUGCAUUUUACAUAUUUAUGAGCAUUUUAAUGACCACAUUUACUCAUUUUUUUUAAACCUGUUACAAACACAUGUAUGCACAAGAAAAAGAAAAAGCAGCAAUAAAUAACAUUUAGGUAAGCAUGUUUUAUAUAGAAACAUGUUUAUUAAACUGUUUUACAGCCAGCUGUGAAGAUUUAUAAUGGGGUUCAAUGGAAAGGCUGAAACAAUACAUAUAUAUGCAAUAUCUGUAUUAUGAUUUAAUAACUGCAAUGAAGAUCGAAUGAUUUAUAAAAUGGA